AUGCUCGCACUCAUCCACUGGAUCCGACGGAACCGUCGGGCAUCCUUGGUGCUGGCCGCCACAAUCGUGGUGCUCGUCCAACUGACACUGUGGAAAUGGGAUGGAGACGAGAUGGAUACUAUGCCUCCUAUCACGGCGACCAGUGUUAUCCAUUCCACGCCCGCAACGCUCAACUUCACGCCACCCUUCCACGCAAAGGGUCGGCAUAUCUUCGACGCCAAGGGCAUCCCUCUCAAACUCGCCAGUCUGAACUGGUACGGCGCUAGUGAUACCGACUUUGUCCCCGGUGGACUGGAGGUACAGCAUCGGGAUGCGAUCGCGGCGUUGAUUCGGGAUCUGGGGUUCAACAGUGUGCGGCUUCCGUACGCGGAUGAGAUCGUCAUGAAUAACCCGGUCAUCGAGCCGAGUGUUAUCGCUGCGAACCUGGAUCUUUUCAGCAAUAGCAGUCAUGCAGGUGGUCCUACCUCGGUGCGUGCACUUGAUGUGUUCCAUGCCGUGGUUGAGAGCCUCACGGCUGCGGGUCUAUUAGUGAUUGUCAACAAUCAUAUCACGCAGGCGACAUGGUGUUGCGGGAUCAACCCAUGCGAUCUGAGCUGGAAGAACGACUGGUUCGGCGCGGACAUGCUGUGUACAGUCUCGCAGACGGAGGAGCAGUGGAUUCGCAACUGGGAGACGGUGAUGGCGCCACUGAUCUCGAAUCCACUGGUGAUGGGGGCGGAUCUGCGUAAUGAAGUGCGCGGACUCUGGGGGACGAUGCACUGGGGUGAAUGGGCGGAAGCCGCCGAAAAGGCCUCUGAGCGACUAUUAGUGAUGAACCCGGAGUGGCUCAUGUUUGUGGAGGGAAUCUCGUCGGCAAACGACCUGUCUGGGGUGAGGAAGCGCCCUGUGCAGCUCAGCGUGCCGGGACGGGUAGUAUAUUCGGCACAUGUUUAUAAGUGGUCUGGCUGGGGCAGUUUGAAACCCUUCUCGGGAAGAACGUAUGAGGACUUUGCAGCCACGAUGUGGAAGAACUGGGGGUAUUUGUUGACGGAGGAGAUUGCCCCUGUCUGGGUAGGUGAGUUCGGCACACCUGAUACCCCCAGCGAAGGGGACCAGAACUACUGGUGUCAUUUGAUGCAAUAUCUCCGAGCAGUGGAUGCGAGUUGGGGGUAUUGGGCUCUAAAUGCUCGCAAGGCCACCGGAGAGUGGGAGAGUUAUGGAUUGGUUGGGGAUGAAUGGGAUUGGUCCAGUGUCCGGAGGGACUAUCGGUUGAAGGACCUCCAAAGGCUCGGGAAACAGGCAUUGCCAGCCGAGGACUGA